UUUACAUUAUAGGGAAUAUUUGGAAGGGAAACAUUCCUUUUCAUGCGAGAGAAGAUAACAAGUUACAAUUGGUUGCGUAGUUUGUGGUUUGAAGUUUGAAGUUUGAACCUUGAACGAACCCCAAAAUCGAUCGAGGCAGAUCAGAAUUGAGGGCUUAGAAAUCAGGAUUCAGAAUGGGUCAGACUGAAAGCGCAGAAGCUGUGACGGAAACUCAAACCACAACCAACGACACUUCCAAUCCCAUUUCCCUGGAAUCCGUCCUCGCAGAAGCUGCAGAAUAUGGAAGCCAACACACUGAGUCUGUGGAGGAAAUGGCUCAGAAAGCCCUUGAAUGCCCUUGCAUUGCUGACUUGCGAACCGGUUCCUGUGGCUCUCAGUUCUCGGAGGCAUUCCUGUGUUUUCUCAAGAGUACCUCCGAAGAAAAGGGCUCGGACUGUGUACAUCCAUUUGUUGCUCUGCAGAGCUGCAUCAAGGCUAAUCCAGAUGCAUUCUCUAAGGACAUUCUGGGCGGAGCUGAAGAUGAAAGCAAGGAGUUGGAGCCAGUUCAAGAAUACAAAAUACUUCCUCCCAAAUGGUCUAGGAAACCUCAAAGUCCAAAAUCCAGACUUUAAGAGAAGAGUCGGACUCUCAUUUGGGCAACUACUUGGAUAAGGUCGUGUUAAGUUCAUUUUGAAUUUGUAUUAGUUUUGCCUGAUUAGAGAAGUGACAGGAUAUAUCAAUUCCUCAAGUUGCUUCAUGUUGUGCACUUGCUUUUAUAUCAUAAAAAGUGCAAUUUCUUUUCUACAGAGUUUUGGGAUUGCACUCAAAUGCUUGCAUCUUUCUUUCUAACUACUGGACAGCUUUGUUCAUAUUUUGCUCUCUUCUAGAUAUAUAUUGAAAUUGAUGAAUAUCUACGUGGAUGUAAAAAAA